UGCUUAUUGAUAACACUUUUCUCGAAGUUCUUUCCCGUGGUACAAUCGAAGUCCUGUCCUCUUCGACUGUACAAUCGCGUUUAACGAAUUGUUUUCGGCUUGGAUCACGGUUUUGAAUUUAUUUUCGUUUCCAAAUUAAUAAACCCUCACUCACAGCAACAAUGGCGGCGCAACUGAUCGAUCUUAAAAAGUUGAAUGUCCAACAGUUGGCUAAAAUGAAGGAACAGUUGUUCAAAGAGGUGAGUUUGAUCCAAGACUCAUUACAGUCGUUGAAAAUAGCACAGAAAAGGUACAUCAGUUCACAAGAAGCGCUGGAAAGUACCAAAGGACGACCGUCUGGCACGUCCAUGAUGAUUCCAUUAACCAAAUCCAUGUAUGCGGCCGGACAGCUGGCCAACCCUGAACAUGUUACAGUGUGUAUAGGCGCUGGGUACUAUUUGAAACUCGAAAUAGACGAUGCCAUACAGUACUUUAAAAGACGCGUCAACUUCCUGGUGGAACAAAUGGAAAACAUUCAACAAGUUGGCAUUGAAAAGCAGAAAUUGCAGAAUGUUAUUACUGAAGUAUUAGAGAUCAAAGUACAACAGGCCCAAGCUGAAAAUAAAUAAGCUACAAUCUUGCACUAAUAUUUUAUUUUAUUUUUCCUAACAUUUAAUUAAUGAAAAAAAAAAAAAAAUCUUGUAAUUACUACUAUUUCUUAAACUAAUCGAAAUGCUUUGAAUAUUUUGAUCAACAAUUGAUACUGCUUCUUGUCAAAACACUUGUAUUUUGUAUUGUGUUGGUAUAAAUACUCUUGUUAAACAGAGUAAAUAAUUAUGUAAUAAAUUAUUAUACAUUUUA